AUGAGAUCCUCUCCGCCCUGGACAGUGACGAUUGCGCAGACUGCGCCUUCAACGCGUUGCAAGCGCGUGCUGUCGCGGAUCAAGAAGCCCGAGGCUACUGCGGAGGCCAAGACUUCUUUUGCGCGGGGCAAACAACAGAAAACACCUGCACAUUCUGGAAAGAGAAAGGUUGUUGGUGGGCAAGCGGCGCGAGCAGUGAGCUGGACAAACUUGGGCACUGCAGUGGACCGAGCGCGACCAGGGCUGCAGAUGGGUCAUCAGAGCCCCACGGGAGCAUCAAGCGGAGCCCAGCUGCCAUGGAUCUUCUAUGUUCUGCAGCACGAAAAUCAAAAGCACUUGCGACUUCUGGGCGGACCAGGGCUGCAAAUGGCAGUGAUCUGA